UGUGGGGCUCCUGUACAGGUGCUGGGAGCAGCUGCUUUUGACAAAGGAGACACUCAGAUGUGGACACAAGAGAUUCAGUGCAGAGGAAAUGAGUCUCAGAUUCACCUCUGUGCAACAUCACCAUCAGACAAACACAACUGUUCACAUGAAAACAGUGUUGAACUGAUGUGUGCAGACAGUGUGAAUGUGAGAUUGGUAAAUGGUUCCAGUCGCUGUGCUGGUAGAGUGGAGGUUCUUCACAGAGGUCAGUGGGGAACAGUGUGUGAUGAAGACUGGGAUUUGGCUGAUGCUGCAGUGGUGUGUCGAGAGCUGGACUGUGGAGAACCUGUAGAUUCUCUGGGUGAUGCUCAUUUUGGACAAGGAUCAGGACCAAUCUGGAUGAGCAAUGUUUUAUGUACUGGAACAGAGUCCACAUUGAAGAAGUGUGGCUCGACAGGAUGGAAUAAAAAUUACUGUGAUCAUAAUGGGGAUGCUGGAGUCAUCUGCUCAGAAGUCAGGCUGGUUGGAGGUUCUUGCUGCUCUGGAAGAUUAGAGAUACUACAUAAUAAGACGUGGAUGUCAGUGUGUGCCGCUGUCUUUGACCAGCAGGAUGCAGAGGUUGUGUUUCAGAUUGUAUUUGGUGGUUAUUAA